GCUAGUUGGUGGUGCCUUUUGUUAGCUUUUGUACAUGCAUCAUCUUGGAAAAGAAAUCAAUAUUAUAUGAUAUUAUCUUAACUAACUUCUAUAAAUUAUUUGUGGUAUUUUUUUGGAUAGCAUCAUGUCUGCACCAAAGGGGAAGAGAGUUUACCUCACCUGGACAGAUGAGAUGGACAGUGCAUUGUUGGCUGUCCUUGUGGAGCAUCACAACAAUGGUGAUCAUGCCCAAAAUGGAUGGAAGCCACAUGUCUACAAUGCUGCUAUAAAGAAUGUGCGUGACAAGUGUAAUGUGGAGAUCACAAAGGAUAACAUAACAUCAAGGUGCAAAACUUUUGACAAGCACUAUGAGAUCAUUAGCAAGAUCCUUUCUCAGAGUGGAUUUGGUUGGGAUUGGGACAAUAAUAAGCUGUCAAUGGAUAGUGAUGACGUUUGGAAUAGAUAUGUGGAGGGCAACAAGGCAGCAAUUUGUUACAAGACCAAAGUAGUGAAGAAUUGGGAUGCAAUCUGCACCAUUUACUCAACUGAUCAUGCCAAUGGUAAAGGUGCCAGGACAGGUGCUGAGGAUGCUCAAGAUUCACCUGAACAAGAUGGUGAUGCAUCCCCAGAUUUGCCCCCAAAGAGGCAGCGAACUGGUGAUGCAAUUCUUUGCAUGCUUGGAGAUAUGAAAACCUCGUUCAAUGAUGCUUUGAAGUCCACUGAGCCAUUACCAAUGCCCCAAGUAACUCCUCCUGCUGAAAUCCUUGCUGCACUUCAAAUGAUACCAGAUUUGGGUAGAUGUGACAUGCUCAAAUCUUAUGGAAAGCUGAUCCUUAAUGAGCGCUUGUUCCAAGCGCUUAUGGAACUCCCCAUGGACAUGAGGAAGGAAUGGCUCUUGAUGUUGAAUGAGAAGAAUUCCAACUGAGUGCGGUUCUGCAUGGUUGUUAUGUAAUGCCUAGAUUUGCUAUCCUAAUUAGUUUGUUGCUGCUAUGAUGGACACAAAGUUGGAAUUUGUCCUAUUAUCUUCUAUUACUAUGGUUGAAUCUGUUGCUACUACUUGUAAGAGACAUGAAAAAUAUUGAUGUCAUGUUAUUGCCUCAAAAAUGGCUCUUGUUAUCAAUAUUUAUGCUACUGGUGUCAUCUUAUUUUUAAA